AUGAGCCAGAUAUUAGUGCUUCAUGUAACACUUGUGUUAAGUGUUGCCUCAGUCAUCAAUAAUGGCAGCAAUGCGUCUCAUCCUCACAAGAUGCUGAUUGGCUUCCAGGCUCCUUGGAACAUGUCCUUCCCCUUCAGCGCCCUGCGGCUGGGCUCUGCCUUACAGAUAGCUGUGGAGAAGGUGAACACCAAUCCAUCCUUCUUGGGAAACUACAGUCUGGAUUUUGUCUUUGCAGAUACAGACUGUAAUCCCAAACUUUCUCUGGGAGGGUUCAUUCAUCAGGUGUGGAAAGAAAACGUGUCUGCACUCUUUGGUCCAGCAUGUCCUGAAGAAGCCGAGGUCACUGGUCUCAUUGCAUCAACAUGGAACAUCCCCAUGUUUGGCUUUGUUGGACAAUCCUCCAAAAUGGACAACAGCGCCAUCUACGACUCCUACAUUAAAAUCACACCUCCUCUUAAAAGAAGCGCAGAGGUCCUGGUGAAGACCUUGGAGUUCUUCGGAUGGAGUCACAUAGCGAUGAUCGGCGGGGGAUUAGACUCGAACACUUGGGACAAAGUUGACGCUCUGUGGAAAACUGUGGAGAAUCCACUGAGAGCCAAAUUCAAAUUGACUGCAGCCGUCAAGUUUGACACCAGCGAUCCUCAGCUCAUGCAUCGAAAUGUUAAGUACGUCUCAACAGUCGCCAGAGUUAUAGUGGUGCUAACAAACAAAGAGGACUCUAUAGCUCUGUUGCUGGAGGCUGAGCGACAGGGCCUGAUGAAUGGUAACUUCAUAUUCUUCCUGGUGCAGCAUUUCGAGGACAACUUGUGGAGAUAUGCCCUGAACAACAACAUAAACCCCGCCACCAGAAGAGCCUUUGACAUGACUUUCAUCAUUGGCCAGAAAUCCUACGAAGGCUACGAGUAUUAUGACUUCUUUGAGCAAGUUUUCGAAAAACUUAAAGGGCAUCCGUUUAGGAGCAACUUGACAUCUUCAAGCGAGGUCAGCCCCUACUCUGCCUAUCUACAUGACGCAGUGCUUCUUUACGCAAUGGGACUGAAGGAAGUCCUGAAAGACGGCAAAGACCCUCAUGAUGGACGAGAACUUCUAGAGAGAUUAAAGAAUAAAAACAACAUUCGAUUUUAUGGUGCCUCUGGACUAGUCCACUUUGAUGAAGAAGGGGAAAGAAAUUUGGAUUACUCCAUUUAUGACCUGCAGCAUAUAGGAGAAAUUAUCAAAUUUGUGCCUAUCCUCGAUUUUGACAGUCACACCAAAGUUAUCCGGCCGACAUCUAUGUUUGAUUAUGUGGUGUGGCCCAAAGGAAAACCCUCUGAUAAACCAGAAUGUGGUUUCAACAACGAACUCUGUGAAUGGCUGAUUAAUGACAUUGCCCUGCUGGCUCUACUAGUGACCUUCCCCGUUAUCGGUGUGAUAGCAGUCUUGUGCAUCUGGGUCCUCAUUGUGCAGAAGUUACGACUCCAGACAAGACUUGAUGACUCGUGCUGGUGGCGGAUCAACUACAGAGACAUUGCCAUCAUCAGGGAGCCUUCAGGAAUUCAGAGUUUAUCUAUUAGCACGGGUAGUCAAAGUGGAAGUGCAGGCUCUCAGUCCAAUUUCUCCAACAACAGUUAUGGCCUGAGGGACAAGACAGGCAAAGAACAGGUCUUCAUCACCAUAGGCCUCUAUCAGGGCAAUCAAGUGGCCGUUAAGUACAUCAAGAACCAUAUUGGCAAUAAUGUCCAGAGACCUUCAAUUAUCGCAGAGUUCAAUGCGAUGAAAGAGAUGAAACAUGAGAAUUUGGUGCAGUUCUUUGGUGUGUGCAUUGAGCCACCAAAUGUCUGUUUGGUCAUUCAGUACUGCAGGAAAGGCAGCUUGAAGGAUAUUUUAAAGGCUUCAGAUGUUGAGUUGGAUAGGAUGUUCAAGCUGUCGUUCGCCUAUGACAUUGUCAAUGGAAUGGAGUUCAUUCACAAGAGUAGCCUGAGAUUUCAUGGGAACCUGAAGCCCAGCACAUGUCUGGUGGAUAGUCGACUCCAGAUUAAACUUUCUGGCUUUGGACUCUGGGAGUUUAAAUAUGGGACCAAAAACAAGAUCAUGCCGCUGGAAAAUCACAGUUAUGAAGGCAUGUACUGGACGGCUCCAGAGCUUUUGAGACAAGUCAAUCUCCAAGUCAAUGGAACGCCCAAAGCCGAUAUCUACAGCUUUUCCAUGAUCAUGUGGGAACUCAUGUACAACUCAAAAGCCGGCCCAUACGGUGACGUCAACCUAGACCCAAAAGAAAUUAUUACGCAGUUGCGGACUCAUUGCCAAGGGGAACUCCUCCGUCCAGCGCUGUCUGAAAUGUGCGAUGAGAACAUCAACUCGAUGAUAACGGCCUGCUGGAGUGAAAAUCCAGACCACCGACCACCGUUUGCGUCUAUACGGAGACAGCUGAGGGACACCAGCCCCGAUAGUCAUGCAAAUAUACUGGAUAAUAUGGUGGAAAAGUUGGAGAAAUAUGCAAAUCACUUGGAGGAGGUGGUGGAGGAGAGGACCAAUCAGCUCACAGCCGAGAAAGCCCGUGCAGACAAGCUUCUCUCCAGCAUGUUACCAAGGUACAUCGCAGACCAGCUGAUGGCAGGUAAGUCAGUAGAGCCACGUAGCUACGAAAUGGUGACCAUCUUCUUCUCUGACAUCGUGGGCUUCACCUCCAUGUGUUCGGUCAGUUCUGCGAUGGAGGUGGUGACGUUCCUCAACGACCUCUACAGCCUCUUUGACGACGUCAUCAAGAUGUACGAUGUCUACAAAGUGGAAACAAUUGGUGACGCCUACAUGGUAGCCAGUGGUUUACCUCUCAGCAAUGGAAAUAAGCACGCUUUGGAAAUAUCCACAAUGGCUCUGCAUUUCCUGGGUGCCAUCAAGGUCUUUAAAAUCCACCAUAUGCCUAGUGAGAAUCUUGCAAUACGUAUUGGGAUACAUUCUGGUCCAGUAGUUGCUGGAGUGGUAGGCAGCACUAUGCCUCGCUACUGUCUCUUCGGUGACACGGUGAACAUGGCCUCCCGCAUGGAAAGUAACAGCUUACCCCUCAAGAUCCACAUAUCUCAGUGCACUGCUGAUGUUCUUGUUCAGGCUGGAGGCUUUGAGUUGGAGGAAAGAGGGGACGUCGAUAUUAAGGGUAAAGGGUGUCAUAAGACCUACUGGCUGCUGAGCAAACAGGGAUUGAAUUUUCCUCAUGUUGCUCACAGCUCUCCACCAGCUGACAGCUUCAAACAUCUGACAGAGGUAAAGUAG